UCUUCUCAGCUUGCCCCUCCUGGCAUGGGUGCUUGUCCUACCUGCUAGCUGGGUGGGGGUGGUGGGAGCCCCAGUGUUCUCAGCUGCCAUGCCUGCGUGAGAGCCUCCAUCCCUGGAUGGGAGCAACAUGAAGGGGACCCCCAGCCUCUCGGUUGCUAUCACCGGGCAUUUCCCCUCUUCACCGGGAGCUGGGUCGGGUGAGAGGCGCUGUGCCUGCUCCCUCGUGAGCUGCGGUCGCCUUGGGUGGGGCCGGAGGGAGAGUAGUCCGUCGUCUUGGCUGUGCCCCUCCAAGCGUAGCAUCAACCAAGGCACUGGGGUGGAAGGGGGAGUGGGUUGUGGCUCAAGUGCUGCAGACUCACUGUUCCUACAGAAUUUUAGUAGAUUUUCUUGAAUAAAUGUUUCUUCGUUUGUUACUCGCCUUUGGGACAGUUUCAGAGACCAGGGUAUUGAGUGCGCGCUGCUUGCUUUACAUGGAAGUGGUUCGGUGGUCGGCUCCCACUGCCCGGCCCGGAGUGGAACUCGCUCCUUCCCUUUCCACAGUUAGUCUUACUGAGCACAGCGCACACCCCAGGGACAGGGCGGCGAAGGGCCCGGAGAAAGCCCGGGGCGCCCAGGCGGGGCUGCUUGGUCGCUCGCUCGGGGAAGUCGGACUAAAGGGAGCCUUGGAGACAGGUUCCGAGGGUGCCCAUUGCUCCCCGGGGUGCAGGUCUCGUGGGGUCACUUAGAGCUUCAGGGGUACAUGCCUGUGGGGGAAGGAGAGGGAGAAGGGAACGGCAGGUGUGCUCCCUGGAGGGAGUGUGCCUCAGCACCGUUACUUGACCCGUGGCUUCUGCCCUCGUGGUUGCUGGCGGAAGCAGCUUCGUCGUGAGGAGUCUCCUCUCCUGCUGCUUUCCCGGUCCCCUUCAUCUUUCGCUUCUGCAGUUUGCCUGUGGAGUGUCCAGAGUGGGAACAGCUUCCACGUGUAUGACCAGGGCCAGUUUGCCAAGGAGGUGCUGCCCAAGUACUUCAAGCACAACAACAUGGCCAGCUUCGUGCGGCAGCUCAACAUGUAUGGCUUCCGGAAGGUGGUGCACAUCGAGCAGGGCGGCUUGGUCAAGCCGGAGCGGGACGACACCGAGUUCCAGCACCCCUGCUUCCUGCGCGGCCAGGAGCAGCUCCUCGAGAACAUCAAGAGGAAGGUGACCAGCACCCCCCGAUUCUGUGGGGCCCAUCACAGUGACCCUCCUGUGGGGACCCAGGUGUCCACCCUGAAGAGUGAGGACAUGAAGAUUCACCAGGACAGUGUCACCAAGCUGCUGACCGACGUGCAGCUGAUGAAGGGGAAGCAGGAGAGCAUGGACUCCAAGCUCCUGGCCAUGAAGCAUGAAAACGAGGCCCUGUGGCGGGAGGUGGCCAGCCUGCGGCAGAAGCACGCCCAGCAGCAGAAAGUCGUCAACAAGCUUAUCCAGUUCCUCAUCUCGCUGGUGCAGUCGAACCGGAUCCUGGGGGUGAAAAGAAAGAUCCCCCUGAUGCUGAACGACAGUGGCUCAGCACAUUCCUUGCCCAAGUACAGCCGGCAGUACUCCCUGGAGCCCAUCCACGGUUCCGGUCCCUACUCGGCUCCGUCCCCGGCCUACAGCAGCUCCAGCCUCUACUCCCCAGAUGCCGUUUCCAGCUCCGGACCCAUCAUCUCCGACAUCACCGAGCUGACUCCCAGUAGCCCCGUGGCCUCUCCCGGCAGGAGCAUAGAUGAGCGGCCCCUGUCGAGCAGCCCCUUGGUGCACGUCAAGGAGGAGCCUCCCAGUCCUCCUCGGAGCCCCCCGGUGGAGGAAGCGAGUCCUGGGCGCCAGUCCUCCAUUGUGGACACCCCCCUGUCCCCAACUGCCCUCAUUGACUCCAUUCUGCGGGAGAGUGAGCCUGCCCCAGCUGCCUCAGCCACAACCCUCCCAGAUGUGGGGGGCCGGCCCCCCUCAACCCCGCCCACCUCGGCCCCUGAGAAGUGCCUCAGCGUAGCCUGCCUGGACAAUUUGGCUCGCACUCCACAGAUGUCUGGGGUCGCCCGCCUCUUCCCCUACCCCUCCUCCUCUCUGCAUGGCCGAUUCCAGCCAGGGGCUGAGCUCAGUGAGCACUUGGAUGCCAUGGACUCCAACCUGGACAACCUGCAGACCAUGCUGAGCAGCCACGGCUUCAGUGUGGACACCAGUGCCCUGCUGGACCUGUUCAGCCCCUCGGUGACAGUGCCAGACAUGAACCUGCCGGACCUGGACAGCAGCCUGGCCAGUAUCCAGGAGCUCCUUUCUCCCCAGGAUCCCCCCAGGCCUCUCGAGGCAGAGAAUAGCAGCCCCGACUCAGGAAAGCAGCUGGUGCACUACACAGCACAGCCCCUGCUCCUGAUGGACCCCGGCCCCAUGGACGUGGGGAGCAGCGACCUGCCUGUGCUCUUCGAGCUGGGGGAGGGCUCCUACUUCUCAGAGGGGGACGACUAUGCAGACGACCCCACCAUCUCCCUGCUGACGGGCUCUGAGCCCCCCAAAGCCAAGGACCCCACUGUCUCCUAAAGGGUUCAGGAGGGCCAGCUGGUCUCCGUCAGCAGUGAGGCCCAGCCCCGCAUGCCAUGGCUUGCUUGGGGCUUCACAGCCACGCCGAACUGACCAAUACUGUGGCUUUCACAAAGUGUAUUUUGGUUUUUACAUGAGUCCCCUUCCCCCUUCAUAGAAAUAAACAUACAGGUAUAUAUGUA